CGCGCGCAUUUCACUCUUCUAUCUCAUCUUUGGCCCUCCUCCUCCCCCGCUGUUUCUGGGUCCCUCCAUAAUCCACUCAUUUCUUUCCUUCCUUUCCUUUUCCCUCUUACCCUUUCGUUACAGCGAGGGAGAUUAAUGACUUGACGAUCCCGUUCCUUUGCUCCCUCCGAUUCACCUUUUUCCCACUACCGGGCGGAUACAGAUAUAGCCUCCUCCGUCGUUAUCCCGCAUGUGAAUUACGAUCACCAGAGCAGACUGUGCUGCCUUUCUCGAAUUCUGGCCGGCCUUUCGGCCUGGCGUUAAUUUAAUCCCGUUUAAACGUGUCAGGAACUCCUCCGGAGGGAUUCAAUCGCAGCCAUGGAGCGCAAUAUCGAUAUCUACGCCAACAAACUGGGCGAUGAGAAGCUUGACAUCAAAGUGCGGGCCAAUGUCGCAGUCGAGUUGCGAGACAACAUUGAACCACUAUGCUCCGGCGCGAGCUACCCAAUCUUUUUGUCGAAGCUAUGGCCGGUGUUCAAGAAUAUAUUGAAGGGGGACCCGGUCUUUACGAACUUGUCCUUUGAGCAGAAAUUGCGAAAUUGUGUUCUUGAGACCCUCCACCGGCUCCCAAUGGCUUCCCCGGAUGUAGAGCCGUACGCAGGCGAUAUGGUCGACUUACUGAUGGACCUUGUGCGCAUCGAAAACGAAGAAAACGCUGUUCUUUGCAUGAAGACUAUUAUGGAUUUGGAACGAAAUCAGGCGAAGGCAACGGCAGGAAGGGUACAACCGUUUCUUGAACUCAUCCAGGAAAUGUUCCAGACCAUGGAACAGGUUGUUCGUGACACAUUCGACACCCCUAGUCAAGCUACUCCGUCAGGAAUGCCCUCGACACCGGCAGCAAUUCAGAACUUUCAGUCCCCGCGACCAAGCUCACCUGCUACAUCUGUGUCGGACCUUGGGCCGGAUCAACAAUCAAGUAAUAUCCUGCUCAAGGGUAUGCAAUCAUUCAAGGUUCUCGCCGAGUGCCCGAUCAUUGUCGUCUCCAUUUUUCAAACACACCGCACAUCAGUUUCUGCUAAUGUGAAGCUGUUCGUCCCUCUAAUAAAGAGUAUUUUGCUUCUUCAAGCCAAGCCGCAGGAAAAGGCGCACACAGAUGCUGCUGCCCAAGGGACAAUAUUCACUGGUGUUUGUAGAGAGAUCAAGAACCGAGCUGCUUUCGGCGAAUUCAUUACAGCACAAGUGAAGACCAUGAGUUUCUUGGCUUAUCUUUUACGAAUGUACGCCCAUCAGCUGCAGGACUUCCUGCCGACUCUCCCAUCGGUGGUGGUGCGCCUUCUCCAAGACUGUCCCAGGGAGAAGUCUAGUGCUAGGAAGGAGCUCCUGGUCGCAAUUCGCCAUAUUAUCAACUUCAACUACCGAAAGAUCUUCCUUGAAAAGAUCGACGAGCUCCUUGAUGAAAGAACCUUGAUUGGUGAUGGUCUCACGGUUUAUGAAACAAUGAGACCUCUCGCCUACAGUAUGCUUGCUGACUUGAUUCACCAUGUCCGAGAUCACCUUACUCGUGAUCAGAUUCGACGCACGGUUGAGGUAUACACAAAAAACCUACACGAUGACUUCCCUGGUACCAGUUUCCAGACAAUGAGUGCGAAGCUACUCCUGAAUAUGGCAGAAAAGAUAUCCAAGCUAGACGACAAACGCGAGGCUCGUUAUUUCUUAAUAAUGAUUUUAGAUGCGAUUGGCGACAAGUUUGCGUCUAUGAACCACCAGUUCAAUAAUGCCGUGAAGGUAUCGAAGGCAUUCAAAGCUACUAAAAAGGAUACCGAGCCCUUUCCCGAUAACUACCUCGCGGACAAGGACCAACCCCCAGACUGGGACGAAAUUGACAUCUUUUCUGCAUCGCCUAUCAAAACUUCAAAUCCUCGUGACCGUGGUGGUGACCCAGUGUCGGACAACAUCUUCCUUUUCAAGAACCUGAUAAAUGGACUGAAGAACAUCUUCCACCAACUGAAGAAUUGUAACCCCGAUCAUAUCCAAAUAGACCCCAACAGCGUUCCAAUCAACUGGUCAGAAGUUUCAUACGGCUAUAACGCAGAGGAAGUGAGGGUGAUCAAAAAGCUGUUCCAUGAGGGCGCGCGUGUAUUCCGAUACUAUGGCGUGGAUCAGUCACCCCCAGAAGUUAACUAUUCUUCCCCGUUUGAUUUUCUCGCUAGUCAAUACACUGCACCGAUGUCACGGGAAGAGAAGGAACUCCUAGAGAGCUUCGGAACGGUAUUCCACUGCAUCGAUACAGCCACAUUUCAUGAAGUGUUCCAUUCGGAGAUACCCUACUUGCAUGAGCUUAUGUUUGAACAUGGCGCUUUGCUUCACUUGCCUCAGUUCUUUUUGGCUAGUGAAGCUACCUCUCCGGCGUUCUCUGGCAUGGUUCUCCAGUAUCUCAUGGAGCGUAUCGAUGAAGUCGGCACCUCUGACAUGACCAAGGCGAAGAUUCUCCUGAGAAUGUUCAAGCUCUCUUUCAUGGCCGUAACUCUCUUCUCCGUUCAAAAUGAGCAGGUUUUACAUCCUCAUGUCACUAAGAUCGUCACGAAGUGUAUCGAGCUCUCUGUUACUGCCGAGGAACCCAUGAACUACUUCCUUCUCCUGCGCUCACUCUUUCGCAGUAUUGGCGGUGGUCGAUUCGAGCUUCUUUACAAGGAGAUUUUGCCGCUUCUGGAGAUGCUACUGGAAACAUUCAAUAACCUCUUGAUGGCUUCCCGGAGACCUCAGGAGCGUGAUCUAUAUGUUGAGCUCACGCUUACUGUUCCUGCUCGCCUGAGCCAUCUCUUGCCGCACCUGAGCUACCUUAUGCGUCCUAUUGUUGUUGCUUUGCGUGCAGACUCAGAUCUUGUGGGACAAGGUCUUCGAACGCUCGAGUUGUGUGUGGACAACCUCACUGCCGACUAUCUAGACCCGAUAAUGUCCCCAAUCAUGGAUGAAUUAAUGACCGCUCUCUGGGACCAUCUCCGACCGCAUCCUUAUAACCAUUUCCAUGCGCAUACUACAAUGAGAAUCCUGGGCAAGCUUGGCGGUCGCAAUAGGAAAUUCCUCAACCACCCCCCUGACAUCUCGUUCGAGCAGUUCUCUGAUGACAGUCCCAGUUUUGACAUCAAGCUGAUUGGGCCUAGCGAGAAACGGCCUUUCCCUAUCGAAAUAGGCAUUGAUCUGGCCAUUGGCAAGCUGAUGGAGGUCCCCAAGACGCCCGCAUCAAAAGCCUCUGAUUCAUACUACAAGCAGCAGGCCUACCGCAUGAUCACUUCGCAGUUGAAACUUUCCAUUGGCUACGAGAAUCUUCCUGAUGAUCUGGCUCAACUGCUUCGUCUCCAUGCCAAUGAUCUCUCCGAGGGUAAAACAGGUGCUAUGGCCGAUAUCCUGGAAAAGUCUGAGCGAUCAAGCUCCAUUCCCAAGAAAUUAAUGCAAGAAGGGUUGCUAAAGAAGCUUUUGAAAGCUUGUAUAUUUGCUACCACGCUUCCGGCGCUUGAGCAAAGUGCGACAGCUUUUGUGGCUGAUGUGUGCAAACACUUAGCUAUCGUGGAAGUUGGACGCGCCCUCGCCCAAGCACGACACACCCGUAAGCCGUUCGAUGUCUCCAGCGGAGAGGGCCCCGUCUAUCUCGACUCAAGAGUUCUUGCGGAAGCCGUUGUUGAAUGUCUUUCUUCCGACGAUGCUGGUGUGCGUGAUGGAGCACAAGCAGCUAUGAAGGUCAUGAAGGAAGCUGCCGCUAUCAUUUUUGGAACACCCGACAAAGGUUCGAAGCUGCCAUUCUUCCAGCAUAUCGGCCGUGUCUUCUGCCAUAGUUGCCACAGCGAAGAAUGGUUUACCAAAGCAGGAGGUAGCUUGGGUAUUCACCUCUUCGCUACUGAAUUGGACCUGGGCGACACCUGGCUAUUUGAGAAACAAACUGAGUUUGUUCGAGCUUUGAUGUAUGUCAUUAAGGACACCCCAGCCGAUCUUCCGGCCAGCACACGGGCACGGGCACAGGAUACCUUGGAUUUGAUUUUGCGGAGAUGCAGCAAGAAUGCUUCCAAGGAUGACUUGAAGAAUGAAAAGAGCCGUCUGUACUCUCUCUGCGGGUUCUUCGUCUAUGAGCUCUCGCACAUGAACAAAUUCGUCCGGGAGGCCUCUCGUCGGAGCUUUACAACCAUUGCUGAGGUACUUGGCUGCGAAGUUCAUGAACUCAUCUUCCCUGUAAAGGAUCGCCUUCUGCAGUCAAUAUUUAACAAGCCCCUUCGAGCCUUGCCGUUUCCCACUCAGAUCGGGUUUAUCGACGCUAUUACUUUCUGUUUGAGCCUUCAUAACAACAUCGUCACCUUCAAUGACCCGCUCAACCGACUAAUGCUGGAAUCUCUUGCUCUUGCGGAUGCAGACGAUGAGUCCCUCGCAUCAAAGCCUAACGAAUUCAAGAACGCGGAGAUGAUCGUGAACCUGCGUGUGGCAUGUCUCCGUCUCUUGUCCAUGGCAAUGAGUUUCCCCGAGUUUGCCAAUACUCCACAAAACACUAGCCGUGCUCGUAUUAUUUCUGUGUUCUUCAAAUCGCUCUACUCGCGUUCGUCAGAGGUCAUCGAAGCGGCUAAUGCUGGUUUGAGGGAUGUUCUCACACAGACUAACAAGCUUCCAAAGGAUUUGCUGCAGAACGGUCUUCGCCCUAUUCUCAUGAACCUGCAAGACCCUAAACGUCUCAGCGUUGCCGGUCUUGAUGGCCUUGCCCGCCUCCUCACCCUUCUCACUAAUUAUUUCAAGGUCGAGAUUGGGGCUCGUCUUCUGGAGCAUAUGAAGGUUAUCGCAGACGAUGCUGUUUUGCAAAAGGUUUCCUUCAGCCUUGUCGAACAGAGCCCGCCGAUGAAGAUUGUGGCUGCUAUUUUCAACAUUUUCCACCUUCUGCCUCCUGCUGCGACCUCUUUCAUGGAGCAUCUCGUAAAUAAAGUUUUGGAUCUCGAAGACAAGCUCCGCAGAACUUCGAACAGCCCGUUCAGGAAGCCUCUGGUCAAGUAUCUUAACCGCUAUCCAAAAGAAAGUCUGUCAUUUUUCCAUGCUCGUUUCAAGGACGAGAGAUUUGGACGUUUCUUUGGACAGAUGCUUGCGGACCCUGAAAGUGAGGCACUUCGUUCGGCAGUGGUCGCGGAUACCGAAGGGUUUACAUCUGCUGCAUUUGGACAUGAAUCAACGGAUGGCACAAACACGGCCGCGAUAAAUGGAAUCUACGUGGUUCACUCAAUCUGCUCAUAUCCGUCAACUAAGCGCUGGCUGGUAUCCCAUAUGGCUUUGCGGAACAAGCUUCUACAAGCUGGACGCGAUUUGGAGAAGAAAUUGCGCAACGACAAACUUCCAGCAAAUGAGCGCUUACGUGUUGAACAAGGGGAGGAUCAGUUGAUGGAUGUCUUCACCGUCUAUCUGGCCGAGUCAGUCCAUGAUUUGGACUUCCUUUUCGACGUCAUCGAUGGCCUGUCUGCAGAUGAGCUGAAGCGUACGCUUGCGUUCCCCAGGUUCAUUUACAGACAUAUCAUUACGAAUGAAUCCAUCGACUACCGGCGUUCUGUCAUAAUGCGCUGCCUUGAUCUCUACGGCCAGCGUUCGUGUUCGCAAAAGAUGAAGACAUAUGCCUUCCGUCACUUGGUUAAUCCCAUCUUUGCAAUGGAUGUUCAGAGCACCUGGAAUAGUCCACCCAAUAGCCCGAAGCUCAUGGACCGGAGCAUGACAGAAUCUAUUCAGAGUCGUCUAUGGAAGCCUCAAUUGGCUGACCCGAGCGAGGAAUCAAACCAAGCUGGAGUUGACCAUUCACGCAUGGAACUUCUCCAGUUAUCCGCAUUGCUGAUCAAGUACCAUCACCAAACAGUUCAGGAUUCACGCAAAGACAUCAUCAAGUUUGCUUGGAAUUACAUCCGGCUUGAAGACAUAAUAAACAAGUACGGUGCAUACGUUCUCAUCAGCUACUUCAUUGCCCAUUACGAGACUCCAUUCAAAAUUGUGAUCCAGGUUUACGUUGCCCUGUUACGAGCGCACCAGAAUGAGGGCAAAGCCUUGGUCACCCAGGCACUUGAUGUUCUAGCACCAGUUCUGCCGACUCGAAUCUUGUCCACAAGCAACAAUCAAAUGGCAGACGCAAGAUAUCCGCUGUGGGCAAAAUGGCCUCGACGAAUUCUGGCAGAGGAGACCGCAAACUUGCAGCAGGUUAUGAGUAUCUUCCAAUUCCUUGUGCGGCACCCAGAUCUCUUUUAUGAGUCGAGAGAACACUUUGUUCCCCUCAUCGUGCCUUCGUUGAUUAAAAUCGCGGCGCCUCCCAACUCAUCUAAUGAGAGCAAAAAGCUGGCCCUCAACCUCAUUAGUCUCAUUUGGUACUGGGAGGAAAAGAGAGCCAAGAACAGUAGUGCCACUCCCAACGGUGUUCUCGAAUCACCGAAUGCAAGGAAGCGUAAGCUGGAUGAAGCCCAGGGAACCGCGGGCUCUUCACCAGCCCUUGCGCCUCCCAGUGUCCGCGAACGUUCUGACUACAUGGUUCCUGCUGAUCUCCGAGCGGCGUUGACGAAAUAUCUGAUCACGUUUAUCACGACUAUCGCUGAACGCUUCCCCGUUCCGGCCGCUCGAAUCCGUGAGCUUGCUUCGUCCAAGACACAGAACCCUGUACCCACUGGUGAUAUGGUUAAAAAGGCUGUACAUUUGCUCAGAAAUCUUUUAUCUCCAGAGUACUGGGGUGACAUCGAUAUUGAACUCUAUCAGAAGGCUACAGAGCCUAUUCUUGCGGGAGAGAAGGCCGACAAACCUGACGAGAAGCACACUACCAGCAUGGUCAACACUUUACAAGUUCUGCGCGUUCUCUUGGCGGCAAAACCGGAUGAUUGGAUCGCAGCUCGCCUGCCAUUAAUCCAAAAACUCUUCGAAAAACCUUUGCGUUCAGAAAACCCGGAGAUUCAAGACUGUCUACAUGGCUUGGAGGAUGAAGUGGAGAUUUCACCGAAGUUGCCACCGCCGAUCAGACGUGUUCUCAAUGCCCUUCCUGAUGACCAGCCUGAAGAGGAAGAUGGAAUGGAUGUUGAACAUUCUCCGUCUGAAUUUGUGACGUAUCUGUCGGCAAUUGCAACAGAGACACUCUCCGCCAACAAUCAUGUGUCUAGUUUGAACACCUUGUGGACGCUUUCCAAGAACAAGCCUGCCGAGAUGGAUGCACACAUUCCUCAGGUCAUGAAGGCAUUCUCUCAAAAGCUCGCCAAAGACCAUGUUGCUGCCUCUACGGCGAACCAGGGUCAAUAUCAACCAGGCACGAAGCCUGGUGAAGGAGUGCCAGAUCAGCAGGAGUUCGAAAUUGGGGUCGAUCUGAUCUUCAAGACCAUUGAGUUAAUCUCUGUGCGCAUGUCUCAUUUGGGAGAACAAAGGCGUCCAUUCCUCAGUGUCCUCGCACAACUUGUAGAGAGGUCACACAACAUCAAGCUUUGCAGCAAAGUUUUAGGCAUGGUUGAGACCUGGAUCUUCCACUCUACAGAGUCUUGGCCUACACUGAAAGAGAAGACUGCCGUUCUGCACAAGAUGCUGCUCUUCGAGUCUCGCACCGACCAAACCAUGCUGAAGAAGUUCUUGGACCUUGUCAUUAGGAUCUAUGAAGACUCGAAGAUCACUAGGACCGAGUUGACCGUUAGAUUGGAACAUGCAUUCUUGAUCGGCACUAGGGCUCAAGAUGUUGAAAUGCGCAACCGUUUCAUGAAUAUCUUUGACCGAAGUCUGACACGCUUGGCAAGCUCUCGCCUUAGCUAUGUGCUGACCUGUCAAAACUGGGACACACUUGCUGAUUCUUUCUGGCUGUCUCAAGCUUCUCACUUGAUGCUAGGAUGUAUCGACAUGACAACAACUGCUCGACUGCAUCAGGAUGAUUUCACCCUUUUCCCCUUGUCAUUCCUCUUUGACGGUGCCGAAAAGGAUCCGAGGAAAAAUGAUAUCAUGGUUGACAGUCAGCUGGAAUCUUUCAUAUCUGAUCGCAAGCGUUUUGUGUCCGAAAUUGGUGAUGUCAAGGUUCGCGAUUUGGUGGAACCGCUUUGUCAACUUCAACACACCGACCCCAAUGUCGCUUACAAGCUGUGGACUACACUGUUUACUACCCUUUGGUCAACCUUGUCUAGAGAAGAUCGCAUUGACUUGGAGAAGGGAAUGGUGACUUUGAUUACACGCGAAUACCAUCAGAGACAGCUUGACAAGAGACCAAACGUCGUCCAGGCUUUACUCGAGGGUGCAGUCCGGGCUGGGCCACGAUUCAAGAUUCCCCCGCAUGUCAUGAAGUAUCUUAGUCGCACUUACGACGCUUGGUAUACCGCUGCAUCAUACUUGGAAGAAACAGCCAUUAGCCCUCUCAUUGAUACUCCCACUGUUCGUGAAAGUAAUCUUGACGCUUUGGUUGAGGUUUACGCGGGGCUGCAGGAGGAUGACUUCUUCUAUGGUACUUGGCGCCGCCGUUGCAAAUUUGUCGAGACCAAUGCUGCACUUUCGUACGAACAACAAGGGAUGUGGGAUAAGUCACAGCAACUCUACGAGAAUGCUCAAAUCAAAGCUCGCUCCGGAGCCAUGCCGUUCUCGCAAGGCGAAUACUACCUGUGGGAGGAUCAUUGGUUGAUCUGUGCCCAGAAGCUUCAGCAAUGGGAGAUCCUCAGUGAUUUCGCCAAACACGAGAAUUUGAACGACCUCCUUCUCGAAGCUGCUUGGAGAAACAUUGAAAACUGGCAGAGCGAAGGAAACCGGGAGCAGCUCGAGUCUCUGAUCAAGUCUGUUUCUGACGCUCCAACGCCCCGGCGCACAUUCUUCCAAGCCUUCAUGUCGCUUCUCCAGUUCCACAUCAAGAAAGAGAACAUUCAAGAGUUCAACGGGGUUUGCGACGAAUCUAUUCAACUGUCUAUUCGCAAGUGGCUUCAGCUACCUAAGAGAAUCACAAACGCCCACAUUCCUAUUUUGCAGCAUUUCCAGCUUCUGGUCGAACUUCAUGAUGCAAGCCAUAUAUGUGCAAGCUUGUCGCAGACUAAUGAGCGCAACCUGGAUACGAAGUCAGCCGAGUUGAAGCUUUUGCUCGGAACCUGGCGAGAUCGCCUUCCAAACCUUUGGGACGACAUCAAUGCCUGGCAAGAUCUCGUUACAUGGCGUCAGCAUAUCUUCCAGCUGAUCAACGCCACGUAUCUGAGCUUACUGCCACCCCAGACCAACAAUGUGGCCAGUAACUCUUAUGCCUACCGUGGCUACCACGAGACAGCAUGGAUCAUCAACCGCUUUGCUCACGUGGCUCGUAAGCACCAAAUGCCUGAAGUGUGUAUCAACCAGUUAAGUCGCAUCUAUACACUUCCAAAUAUCGAGAUCCAAGAGGCAUUCUUGAAGCUGCGGGAACAAGCCAAGUGCCAUUACCAGAACCCGAAGGAGCUCAACAGUGGUUUGGACGUCAUUAACAACACCAACCUCAACUAUUUCGGUGCGCAGCAGAAAGCAGAGUUCUACACCCUUAAGGGUAUGUUCUUAGCCAAGUUGAACCACGUCAAUGAUGCCAAUGAGGCGUUUGGAGUUGCUCUCUAUUAUGACCUGAGACUCGCGAAGGCCUGGUCUGAGUGGGGACAGUACAGUGAUCAACGCUUCAAGACCGAGCCAGCAGAUUACGAGCUGGCAAGCAACGCAGUCAGCUGUUACCUGGAGGCUGCUGGUCUCUACAAGAAUGCGAAGUCCCGAAAACUUCUCAGUCGUAUCCUCUGGCUUCUUAGCUUGGACAAUGAGGAAGGACGGGUUGCUAGUGCUUUCGAGAACUUCAAGGGAGACACGCCAGUUUGGUAUUGGAUUACGUUCAUACCCCAGCUUCUCACCAGCUUGUCGCAUCGCGAAGCGCGCCUCUGCAAGGCUGUUCUGGUCAAGAUCGCCAAGUUAUACCCUCAGGCUUUGUUCUUCUUGCUUCGUACAAACAGAGAAGAUAUGCUCAGCAUCAAGAAACAGCAUGAUCAAAAGCAAGAGAAGUUGAACCGUGCCAGGCAGCAACAGCAGCAAGCUUCACCCCACAACAAACCACCACAGGCUAAUUCCGAAGGUGCUGCUCAAAAUGGCCAGGCUGCCAAUGGCCAGAACCAAAGUAGCCCUCAAGUCAAUCAGCAGGCUCAGGCCCAGAAAUUCAGUCAAGGUCAAAUCCAAAAUCAAGGCCAAGUUCAACAGUCGCCCGCUCAAGGCCAAGGCCAGCCUCCUGUUCCAGGUCAGCCUCAGCUUCCUGGGCAAGUUCAAGGUCCAAUGCAGAUGCAGCAGUCCCAGACCCCGCAGCAGGGUAAUAAUCUACAGGUUCCUGGUCAAAAUGGCACACCACAGAACCAGAAUUCUCCAGCAGAGUCGGAGAAGGAGCCUCUCAAGAAGCCAUGGGAGUAUUCGGACGAAAUUAUGUCUGGUCUCAAAACAGCUUUCCCAUUGCUUGCCCUAUCCAUGGAGACCAUGGUCGAUCAGAUCCACAAAAACUUUAAAUGUCCUCCUGAUGAAGAUGCGUAUCGCCUCAUUGUUGCGCUUCUCAAUGAUGGUUUGGCGUACGUUGGCCGCAUGCCAGGCUCUUAUGCGCAAGAUUUCAAGCUGCCGGCAGCGACAGAAGCUAAUAUCACGCGUUUCGCCGAGACUAUUCUUCCUUCGCAUAUCCGCAAGUCUUUCGAGGCUGAUUUCGUGGUGAAGAAACCAACCAUGCAUGAGUACAUCCAGAAAUUGCGUCGCUGGCGUGACAAGUUCGAGGAAAAGCUCGACCGCCGACCUCAAUCUCAAUUCUUGGAGACCUACUCGCCACACCUUAGCGAAUUCAGAUUCCUUAAAUUUGAUGAAGUUGAGGUUCCAGGGCAAUACCUGCUGCACAAGGACAAGAACCAGGACUUCGUUCGUAUUGAUCGCUUCCUGCCAGAUAUUGAUUUGGUGCGCGGUAUCGGGGUUUGCCAUCGUCGUCUCAAGAUCCGUGGCCAUGAUGGCAGCGUACACCCUUUUGCUGUGCAACAUCCGGCAGCUCGUCACUGCCGUCGCGAAGAGCGCAUCUUGCAGCUUUUCCGCAUCUUCAACGGACUGUUAGGCAAACGCAAGGAAAGCCGGAGACGGAAUCUCUACUUCCACCUCCCGCUUAUGGUACCAUUGGCUCCUCAUAUUCGCUUGGUGCGCGACGAUCCAUCGUAUAUCUCGAUGCAAGGUAUCUUUGAGGAUUACUGCCGAAGAGUCGGAAUCAACAAGGAUGAACCAGUGCUUUUCACUAUGGACAAGAUGAGAUCAUUGGCCGAAACGAAACAGAACCGCACGCAUGAUCAACAGCAAGUUCUGCGCACUGAAAUCCUGACGGCCAUUCAAGAAAAAUGGGUUCCCAGCACCGUAAUCUUGGACUACUUCCAACAGACUUAUCCCAACUUUGCGGACUUCUGGCUCUUUCGCCGGCAGUUUGCCUACCAGUAUGCUGCCAUCGCGUUCAUGACUUACGUGAUGCACAUGGGCAAUCGGUAUCCCAACAAGAUCAUGGUUUCGCGGUCCACGGGCGACAUCUGGGGCUCUGAGCUAAUUCCGACAAUCAACCCGGCUAAGGCAUUCUUCUACAACCCAGAGCAAGUUCCUUUCCGAUUCACGCCCAACAUCCAGACGCUCCUGGGCCCAAUCGCAACUGAGGGUCUUUUCGCCUGUGCGUUGAUGGCAAUCUCUCGUUGCCUGACCGAGCCGCGGCACGAACUUGAGCAGCAACUCAGCAUCUUCGUUCGGGAUGAAAUGAUGUUCUGGGCAACGGCGCACCAUCGGGGUUCCCUGCCAGUGCCGCAACUUCGCGACUUGGUGUACAACAACAGCGAAGUCAUUGUCAAUCGGGCAGUCAGCCUUGCCAGUCCCCCUGAAGGCAACCUUCCUGCGAACCAGACGACCAUUGAUCUCAUCUCUAAGGCCGUCAAUCCUCAGCACUUGGCGUCCUGUGAUGCGUUAUGGAUGCCAUACCUUUGAGACUGAAGCAUUGGUUACCCGCUCUGAUCUUGUAUUAUCUUUGCACUGUGUUCGGCGUUUUGUUCCUUUUUGAGGCUGGUGACCUCUUGGUUGUGAGAUCGUGUAGGCUUGACAAGCUGAAAAGGCAUAAUGGGUAUUUUGCUCGGCUUUUGAUUCUAGCGUGGCGCAUUGGGGCAUUUUCCCUCGGACAUGAUUACGAUUUGUUUUCUUUUCACUUUUACAUUCUGCACGCCAUUCAUGGCUGGAAAAGAUGUUUUGCUUUGUGCUUUGUUUUAUCAAAUUAACAGAUUUUGUUUUAGUUUAAUGUACUA